UCGAUCAAACUAUGCUUGUUAACUAUGGACGAAUUUCUUGUCCGAAUUUUUACGUCCAGAGAACGUUUCUGCCAUUGGUUCUUCGUCAUUCUGCUGUCAGUGUCAUAUUCAUCAGUCCAAGGAGUUGCACCUGAAUUUAGCAGCAGCCCGCAGAAUGUGAGAGUAAUAGAAGAGAAUAAAGUCACAGUAACUCUGAACUGCACAGUUUAUGGAAACCCCACACCAGAUGUGAAAUGGACAAAAGAUGAAAUUGAACUAUCAAAAAAUGACAGGAUUAAUGUUUCUGAGAUUGUAGGAAACACUUCAAGUUUGACAAUUACCAAUACUGUGCGAGAAGAUGAGGGCCAAUAUAGAUGUGUGGCAAGUAACAGUGUAAAUACCACCAUCUCAUCUCCAGGAAAACUGACAGUUAACUUUAGAGCAGAUGUCGCAAUCAGUGGCAGUGAACUAAAGUUUGUUGAAAUAAGCAAACAGAUCCAGCUGACUUGCCAGUAUACUGCUUCACCACCAGUGUCAGAGGUACAGUGGGUAAAAGAUGGAAAUGUCAUUGCUAGAAAUAAAAGCGGGAUCGGCAUUGGAUCAGUGAAUAUUACACAGUUCACUGAAAAUCAAUCCCAGCUGAGAAUUUCAUCAAGUAAAAAGCAGGAUGAGGGAAAUUAUACCUGCUUUGUCAAAAAUGCGGUCGGUACCUCCUCAGAUGUUACAUCAGUUCUUAUACAAGUGAUACCAGACCCACCACAGAACAUUACUGUUGACUCAAAGGGUUCACGAGUUGUAAGUAUCUCCUGGACUCCUGGUUCUUCUGGAAACAGUGACAUUAAGAACUACACAGUGGAGAUCAGUGAAGAUAAUCAGAACUUCAGUGAUGUUGUUUGUCAAGGAUCACUCUCAAAUGGUGCCUGUGUAGUGUCCAGUCCCUCCACAACUGCCUCUCUUACCGGUCUUUUUCCUUGGACAACAUACAAUAUUAGAGUGUUUGCAACAAAUAAAAUUGGGAGAAGUAACAGCAGUUCCAUUCUAAAUGUUACCACAUAUGAAGAAGUGCCAAGUGAGGCUCCGUCUUUCGAUGUGACUGUUCUCAAUUCAACUGCGGUGAAUGUUUCCUGGCAGAUGCUGAGUAAGGACAAAGCUAGAGGUGCCAUCUUGGGCUAUUAUGUUUUGUACCGGGUUAAAGAAAACACCCCACCUUGGAUAAAUAAAACUGUUGGUGGAGCUGGAAUAACAUCACUGUUGCUGGGACCUCUAAAUGAACACACUAUGUACGAGUUUGCCAUGCAAGCGGUUAACAGUAAAGGUGUUAGUAAUAUAAGUGCUUUGGUGGAGAAGACUACCGAUCAGCAUAAGCCAAGCGGCCCACCAGAUCAAGUCACAUUGAGUGAAGUGACAUCUACUAGUAUAAAGGUAACAUGGACUUCCGUCGACCGCGACGAUCGAAAUGGAAUCAUCAAAGGAUACAAAGUACUUUAUCGAGCAUUACCAAACGGAGAUAACGUCACCACAUUCGACAAUGUCACCAUUGAGGAGCAGGGUACUGAACGAACACUAGCGAUAGAGGGACUGAACGAGUUUACAAAUUACAGCAUCAGGGUGUUAGCAUUUACUGUAGUCGGAGAUGGUCCAUUAAGUGGUGCCAAGUUUGCGAAAACACGGGAAGACAAACCCAAUCUCUCACCACAAGUUGUCAUAGUCACGGUAGUAUCUUCAAAAAGUAUUUUUGUUAGCUGGAGCCCAGUUCCUCUUCAAGAUCGAAAUGGAAUCAUCAAAGGCUACAGAGUUAUUUAUCAAGCCUUACCAAAUGGAAAUAACGAGACAGAGACCGUCAAUAUCACCACCAAUGAUCAGGAUAAAGAACAGACACUAACGUUAGAGGAACUGAAUGAGUUUACAGACUACAGCAUCAGAGUGUUGGCAUUUACUGCAGAAGGAGAUGGACCAUUAAGUGUUGCCAAGGUUAACCACACACUGGAAGACAAACCCAGUCUUUCACCACAAGCUGUCGUGGUUACUGUAGAAUCUUCAAGGAGUAUCAUCGUCAGCUGGAGCCCAGUUCUUAUUCAAGAUCGAAAUGGAAUCAUCAAAGGCUACAAAGUUAUUUAUCAAGCCUUACCAAAUGGGAAUAACGAGACAAAGACGGUCAAUAUCACCAUCAAUGAUCAGGAUAAAGGACAGACACUGACGUUAGAGAAACUGAAUGAGUUUACAAUCUACAGGAUCAGAGUGUUGGCAUUUACUGCAGUAGGAGAUGGACCAUUAAGUGUUUCCAAGGUUAACCAAACACUGGAGGACGAACCCAGCCUUCCACCACAAGCUGUCGUGGUUAUGGUAGAAUCUUCAAGAAGUAUCAUAGUCAGCUGGAGUCCAGUUCCUAUUCAAAAUCGAAAUGGAAUCAUCAAAGGCUAUCAAGUUAUUUAUCAAGCCUUACCAAAUGGGAAUAACGAGACAAAGACGGUCAACAUCACCAUCAAUGAUCAGGAUAGAGAACAGACACUGACGUUAGAGAAACUGAAUGAGUUUACAAACUACAGGAUCAGAGUGUUGGCAUUUACUGCAGUAGGAGAUGGACCAUUAAGUGUUGCCAAGUUUAAACAAACACUGGAGGACGAACCCAGCCUUCCACCACAAGCUGUCGUGGUUACUGUAGAAUCUUCAAGAAGUAUCAUCGUCAGCUGGAGCCCAGUUCCUAUUCAAGAUCGAAAUGGAAUCAUCAAAGGCUACAAAGUUGUUUAUCAAGCCUUACCAAAUGGGAAUAACGAGACGGUCAAUAUCACCAUCAAUGAUCAGGAUAAAGAACAGACACUGACAUUAGAGGAACUGAAUGAGUUUACAAACUACAGCAUCAGAGUGUUGGCAUUUACUGCAAUAGGAGAUGGAUCAUUAAGUGUUGCCAAGGUUAACCAAACACUGGAAGACCAACCCAGCCUUCCACCACAAGCUGUCGUGGUUACUGUAGAAUCUUCAAGAAGUAUCAUUGUCAGCUGGAGCCCAGUUCUUCUUCAAGAUCGAAAUGGAAUCAUCAAAGGCUACAAAGUUCUUUAUCAAGCCUUACCAAAUGGAAAUAACGAGACAGAGACGGUCAAUAUCACCAGCAAUGAUCAGGAUAAAGGACAAACACUGACGAUAAGGGAGCUGAAUGAGUUUACAAACUACAGCAUCAGAGUGUUGGCAUUUACUGCAGUUGGAGAUGGACGAUUAAGUGCUGCCAAGGUUAACCGGACACUAGAAGACAAACCUACUGCUGCCCCUUCAAAUGUUACAGGACGUAACACAAGCUCAACCAGCAUCUUAGUAGAGUGGGAUGAUGUUCCAGCUUUUGAACAGAAUGGUAUCAUCACGAAUUACACCAUUUUUUACCGCUCACAAUCAGAGGGUGACAAGUGAAGUGCUGAGGCUGGCCCCGAUAACCGUACAAAGCAAUUAACGGUUCUUAGAAAGUAUGUCAAUUACAACAUCACAAUACGAGCGUCGACUUCGAAAGGCGAUGGACCAGAGAGUAGCCCUGCUAUUGUUGUAAGAACAGACCAGGAUAAACCUAGCGGUGCACCUCAGAAUUUAAGUGUUGCCAAUACGACUUCAACAAGCAUAUUUGUCAUGUGGAAGGAGGUUCGGUCUGCUGAACAGAAUGGAAUUAUUGUCCGUUACAACGUCAGCUAUCGGGCAGUCCUUGAAAAUGGAUCUGGUGGGGCUAUUGUGUAUAAGUUAAUUGAUGCUCCUAAACUGUACGUGAACCUGACCGGCCUAACAAAGGAUAUGCAUUACAGUAUCAGCGUUUUGGCAUCCACAAUCAAAGGUGACGGGAAUUACAGCAACCC